UGUGCUGGGGUCCAGGGCUCACAAGAGCAGUCUCAGAACCCAGGGACUGUGAUGGGUCACAGUCCCUGAGGAGGGACUACCUGUCCAACUCAGUACCAGUGACUCCCACACUCACCAGUCUGAGAAGCUAUGUGCUGGCUGAGGGCCUGGGGCCAGCUCUUCCUGCCAGUUUUCCUCUCCCUGUUUCUCUUCCAACUGCUUAUCAACUUCUCAGAUGAUGGAUUUCCCCACAUCUUCAGUCAAAGGAACAAGCAGAGAAUAAAGAGUGAGAUCGAGGAGGCAUGUGCUCAAAAGAGAAACUGUCAAUUGUGCACAGAAGAUAAGAAAUGUAUUUGGUGCAGUGAAGAACGCAUUUGCAAAAAGUACUGUUUUCCAUAUCAUGGCUGUAGUAUCAGUUCUAUAUAUUGGGCAAACUGUAGUGUUGAUAUGUUUGGAGUCAUAAUGCUGAUACUUGUUGCAGUAUUGGUGACAGCAUUCUUGUGGCUUUCCUGCGCCUUUUACUUUUACAUGAAUGAACGUCAAGUCUAUUUUUAUGGAAGACGAGAAAGAACUGCUGUUCAAGGUUGGAAUCCUGCAUUUGAUGAACAGAUAAAUUGAAAAGAUAGAUCUUCCAGAGGCACAAGGAAGAAGUUUCUUCCAUGUCACCCAGUGUCAGACACCAGGUUGAGGAGCAGAGACGGAGUCCUGCCUUCCGGAGUCCCAGCCCGAGCCUCCACUUCCAGACUCGAUCUCAAAGGAGGGGGGGCUUUGCUUCCG